AUGAGAUGGGAUUCGACUGUAGCCUGCAUUAGUUCAACUCUCACUACAGCAUAUCCUUUAACACCCUCAUCUCUCUCACCACCUUUGCCACAAUAUCAACAACACACCGCCAAACGCUCUCUCUCACCCGUAAGAUCAUAUCAUCCCAAAAUACCACCCUAUUCCUGUACCCGCCUCUCGACACGCCUAACACCCACUAUCUAUACACAAGCACCACAGCAGCAACCCACCACCAAAUCCCUACCGAACAAUCUCAAUUCACCCACAUCACAAAGUCCAACGUGUACCACAACCACUACAGCAGCCUGUUGUAAAAGUAGAAUUUGUUCAGCUCACGUAGGCAGUGCUCCCAGCAGCAGCAGUAAUCUACAAUUGCAAACCACUCAUCAUCAUUAUCAUACCAAUAAAUUUCAGAGUGAGGCUUUUAGUGCAGACACUGUCGCAGUAUCUACUACGACAACGACAUCGACCGUAUCCGGGUCUCAGCACACUUUGAAAGCUUUACCUUUGCCUUCCGUUAAUGACAAUAAUGCCGCCGCCUCUACCAGUACGCUCUCAUUUCCUCUGGGCGAGUUUGGUUCUAUAUCUUCUACUACUAUAUCAUCGGCUUCCAGUUUGCAACCGCCUGGGGGUGGUGGCUGUAUAACGCCUACCAGUUACAAAAAGAAAUCCUCAUUUAUGCAACGUAAAAAGCCAAUACUCACACGCAGUGAGCUACAUGUCAAAUAA